AGCUGGUCGUCAUGGGCAAAUCGCACACAUCUCCAUCGUUGGAAUGACUGAAGGCAACUACGCGCUGUACGGCACCAGCGCCGCGCCUCAAUCUCAAGUGGACGUUGAUUCACCUCGUCGAUAUGAACAACGUGGCAAUUUGCGUGGUUAUGCUGGCGAUGACAACGAAAUGAAGAUGAAUGGGGCGCUGCGACGGACAAGUGAGGGCUUCCGCGACACGGUGCUGGACCUUUAUGCUGCCUCGAAGGUGUUCGUCAUCCACCUCAUUACGUUCGAGGGGUUGUUUGUGGUGCUCUUCUCCGUGAUCACAACGUCUCUCUAUUAUUUCCUGGGCGAAAGCAGCACAGGCCCGAGUUUCGGUGCCAACAUCUCGUGGACUAUCGUGUCUUUCGCAGUAGUGUCGCCCAUGAUCAUGCAGAUCAGACAAGCAUUCACUCGGCGAGAGCAAGCAUUGGACAUUAUAUCCGAGUCGAGAUCUUUACUAGUCAACAUCCUGCUAGCCAAUGCAUUGUGGAACUGGGGCGAGAACGAACGCAAGAAAUUGCCACAAGAUCACGUUCAGAAGACCAAGACCUUGUUAGAAGCACUACUUCAUGACACGAUGGCGCUGCUGAUCAUGCCAACAUUGACACGUGGACGACACCGGUUUACUUCACACGGUCGAAAGCUCGCCUCGCAGUUUGUUAGUCCUGUGAAACACUUGCAGCUCCAGAUCGUGACUACGAUCCGUAAACUGCACGACCAAGUGGAGGUCAUGAAAUCCUGUGGCAUGCCUGCAAAUGAGGCUUCGCGUAUUAAUCAGUAUCACUGGUUGCUCCAAGCUCGUAUCGAAAAACUCCAGAACAUCAAGUUCUAUCGGACCCCACAAGCUACUCGCUCAUUCACCCGGCUUUUCAUCCUGGUGCUGCCACUGUUCUAUGGUCCAUACUACGUCUACAUCGCGCGUGGGAACGAAUACCAGACGACGAACUUUGCCUUCUGUUUGCUGCUCAGUGUGUCAACGAGCCUGCUAAUGACUGGAAUCUUCAACGUGGAAAGAACAAUGGAGGAUCCUUUCGCUGGAGGUGGCAUGGAUGGCGUCCAAGUUCACGAGGUGUUUCAGCUGACACAGCAAAUGCUUGACGAAUGUUACAAUGAGAAGCAAAUUUCUGACUCGAGGAUGGCACAUUGAAGUAUUACUGACGUACACGCAGAUAUUGGACGCUUGUGAAUAGCAAGCAUACACUACAACGAUUUCAUCGACUGCGUUCGAAAGAAAAAAAUCUUGGGCGGUGACUUAGAUUACAAUAAACAAGAAUUUUUGUUGAAUACUUGAUCAAAAGUACCCUGGCGUCAGAAUGACAGGG